AGCGGCCUGGUACCUAGCGUUGUGUUCCCCGAUCGCGCGUGCUGAUGUCGUCACGAAUCCUGCGCCAGGCCAGAACCCCCCUGUCGGCUUGGGCUGGACCCGGCGCCCUCCCGGCCGCGGGCUGAGCUUCCUGGGAUGUUGCAAUGGUUAGAAUUGUUCCAGACAUGGUUGCUGUGGUGCUAUCCUGGGAGACCAUUUUGAUGGAUGACUAGUACCAUUCAGUGAUGGGCUGUGGGACUAGUAAAGUCCUUCCCGAGCCUCCCAAGGAUGUUCAUUUGGAUCUUGUUAAAAAGGUCGAGCCCUACACUGGUUAUAAAACUGACAUAUAUAAACAUUUCAUCAAAGGUGACGGAGAUGCCAUCAAGUCUGCUAUUCCUUCUCCUCCGUGUCACACCAAUCCGUAUGUGGAACAGCAGGAGCCCCGCAAGAACAGAGUGGCAAAGUACCGUGCCAAAUUUGACCCCAGAGUGACAGCCAAGUACGACAUUAAAGCUCUGAUUGGCCGAGGUAGCUUUAGUCGGGUGGUACGAGUGGAGCACAAGGCUACCAAGCAACCUUACGCCAUCAAGUUGAUAGAGACCAAAUACCGCGAGGGGAGAGAAGUAUGCGAAUCGGAGCUGUGCGUGCUACGCCGAGUGCGGCACACCAACAUCAUCCAACUCAUCGAAGUUUUCGAGACUCAGGAGCGUGUCUACAUGGUGAUGGAGCUGGCCACGGGAGGCGAAUUGUUCGACCGUAUUAUUGCCAAAGGGUCUUUCACGGAAAGAGAUGCCACCCGAGUCUUACAGAUGGUAUUGGACGGGGUUAAAUACUUGCAUACGUUGGGCAUCACUCAUAGAGACUUGAAGCCAGAGAACUUGCUCUAUUAUCACCCUGGUAUGGACUCUAAAAUCAUGAUCACCGAUUUCGGGCUGGCGAGUGCUCGGAAGAAAGGAGAUGACUGCUUAAUGAAGACUACCUGUGGGACCCCAGAGUACAUUGCCCCAGAGAUCUUGAUCAGGAAGCCUUACACUAAUUCCGUGGACAUGUGGGCGCUCGGGGUGAUCUCGUACAUCCUACUAAGUGGGACUAUGCCUUUUGAGGAUGAUAAUCGCACCCGCUUGUAUCGGCAAAUCCUGAAAGGAAAAUACAGCUAUUCCGGGGAGCCCUGGCCCAGCGUGUCCAAUCUUGCUAAAGAUUUCAUUGACCACCUGCUCACUGUGGAUCCUAGCGACCGGAUGACAGCACUUCAAGCCUUAAAACACCCCUGGGUGGUGAGCAUGGCGGCCUCUUCUUCCAUGAAGAACCUGCACCGCUCCAUCUCUCAGAACCUCCUCAAGAGGGCGUCGUCUCGUUGCCAAAGCACCAAAUCGGCUCAGUCUACCCGUUCCAGCCGUUCCACCAAAUCCAACAAGUCCCGCCGAGUGCGGGAGAGGGAAUUGCGAGAACUGAAUUUGCGGUAUCAGCAACAGUACAACGGCUGACAACCUCAACAAGAGACGAUCUCACUUCCUUCUUUUCGUCACGGGGGGCUGUGUGGUGCAAGGUGCCCACUAAGUGCUCCAGCUGCCUUAUUUCUUCUCUGAAAGUUCAGUCAGUCUCUGUGUCUGUCUUUCUGUUUUGAAAGAAAUGGAAAUUUGGGGACCUUGAUGCCUUUGGGGGGUAAAAUACCCUUACCUGGGCAGGGUCAGUACAGUAUCUCUGCUGUGGUGGGAAAUGACCCUCUUUGGGUCCAGUCCGGAGCUGAUGGUCUGAAAUACUGGAAACACAUGGAAGAGAAAAUGCUUACUCAGUUUAAAAUCCUUGCUACCACUGCUUAUUUAAUGACGAAAGUCAAUUGUUGUUGGCACAGCGUUCCGAUGGUUGAGAGAUUUAGAAGGCAAUCCUCUGCCCAUUUACCUGGAAAUAAGCUUGAUUAAAUUAAGGGGGGGGGUGACUUCUACGUAGAUACGUACAGAGGUACACACUAAGGUUCACUUGCUUAAGAUUUGGAUUCACCUGGAGCUCAAAGCACUUCCAGGAGUGCACAAAGGGACGAUCAAUUUUCUUUACCAGCGUGACCUCUUGGACUGUGCUACACUUUUUUUUCUAGAGAUUCUCGUAACAUUUAAUAUGUGUGUGUGUGUGUGGGGGGGUGUUCUCUAGAUCUGGGCCAACAUUUAGCUGGAAAUGGCUUGGAAUGAGCUUUGUUCGUCCUUCUCGCCUCUAUGUAUUUUGUGGCAUUGCUUUGAUCUUCAAUUUGGUUUUUUUUGUUUUUUUCCACUUAUUUUUUGGAGUAUAAGACACAAUUCCUCCCCCCAAAAGAGGAUGAAAAUUUGGGUGCGUCUUAUAGACCAAAUGUAGCCCUGCCCACCCGCCGGCCACCCACCCUUUGGCCUCUGCCUCCCAGCAAUUUACCUCCUUACAGCAAACAGCUCAUUUCAACUUCAGCACAGCCUGAUUAGCACAAGCAGCUGAUUGUCGGUUGGAUCGGCCUCCCGACCCUCAGCUGUUUCAGGCUGCAGGGGUUGCCAUUGCCUAUUGCCGCCUCUGCAGGCUUCCGCUAUUUGCUGCAAGGAGGCAAAUUGCUGGGAGGCAGAUUUUUUUUUUCUUGUGCUAAUCAGGCUGUGCUGAAAAUGAAACUAAAGCAGGCUGUUUGCUGUUUGCUACAAGGAGGCAAAAUUGCUGGGAGGCAGAGGCAGUUUUUUUUUCUUGUUUUCCUCCCCAAAAAUGGUAGGUGCAUCUUAUAGUCCCAAAAAUACGGUAAUAUUGGGAUGAAUUAUUAUAAUCCCAGUUACCAUUCCCAGCUCUGCCAAAAUUGUAGGAUGUGGGUCAGCAUUCCACAUUCCCAGAGACUGCGAGAAACUUAACAACUUUGUCUUCCAACAUCAUAUCCUACUAUAGAUGUCCUAUUACAAUGACAGAGUGAGUGGUUGAAAAUCUCUCAUCAAAUGGUUGUGGUUGAAGUUUGUUAUGUCUGCCUAUAGAAUGUGCAGAGAAUACAGCUUAGAAUCUUUAACUUACGUAGUUUAAUAAGAUCCACAAAUAUCCUACACGGCAGAGACCCCAAAGGAUUAGCCCACUUUUUUAAAAAAAAAUGUACGAUUGCAAACAAAGAGCCCCGAACCAAAAGCAAUAAUUCUGCCGUAGCCAUGUUUUAAAUAAAGUCAGGUGAAGCAAUGCAAAUGAGUAUAACAAAAAGAUUUGCACGUUACCAAAACGCAUCUUCAAAAUCAUUAACCCCCUUGAAGGAAGGUUGAAUUCUUCUAUCCUUGUUUAAGGCUGAUACACAGCCAAAGGAAGUGUUGGCAUUUUAUCAGCAUUAAUCCUUUUAAUUUCAAACAGCGGGGAGAGUCGAGUUUUUAAUGGCUCCCUAUAGAAGAUGCAACUCCCUGCACAUACAAAGCUAGCACAUCAGGGAGCAGAUUAGGCAGGAACCUUCAGAAGCGCUAGAUCUUUAUUAGCAAAAAGAAGAUUUGCCGACUGUGGGAAUGGAUUCAAAGUGGCACACACACCCCUCCCCGCUUGAAUGGUGAAGUGGUCCAAUGAAUUCUGCUACCUCAUUCUGCGGCCUAGGAAGACUCUCGUGAGAAGCAAAGGCUGGUCAAAAGACCAUCUGGAGUUUCCGAGUAGUUGAUCCUAGCUUUGAAAAUAACCAUCCCGCGAUGCUUUUAAUUCUCUACGUCAGCCCAAAUCGUAUUUAGUUGAGCUAGUCCUCUUGAUCUUUUUCUGUCCUUUUUUUCCAGGUUGGAAUUGUGGCCAAGAGAGCUGAAAAGUGCCUUUGAUCAGCGACCAACUCCCUAUACCCUCUGACAGAUCCUAUUUUGCAAUGUAACUUUCUCAAAACUUAACGCAACUGUCUUGAACGAUAAUUAGCCAGCAGUUUAAAGUUCAGCAUUUCAUAUACGUCUUGAUAUUCAAGGGGCUUUUUCAUGUUGGGCAGUUAAAUGCCAAGUGAAUUUUAUGAGCGUUAUGAGCCUAAAGAUAAGUUUUACUCCAGUGAGUGAUGAUUCUAGAGGUGUCCCAGCAACUUAAUUUUUACAUUCACUUGGGGAUGCCUUAUUCCACUUUCGAUUUAUCUCUACUUCUGUACUAAGCACACCUUGUGUAGAAUUGGUUUCUCAGGCCAGGGCGCCAUCUAGUGGUUCAGGAUGUUCUUGCCUGUCAGAUCAAUUAGUGCAAACAUCUAUUAAUGCAUGACUUCAUAACCUGUCAUUGUUUACUGUACCAUAAUUGGCAUACUUUAAUUCAUAUUUUGAUAGCUGUUGGGCCUCACUCAAUUUUCCAAUUGGCGUUUGCAUGAAAGGUGCUUUUUCAAGAGGCAACUGGACCAAGAAAGCCCAGUUGCCCCUUGAAAAAGCACCUUUGGGACAACCAUUGAUUGAUUGAAAAUCUCCAUGGACAUCGGCCUUUGCAGUGUUUAUUUGACUCUUCAGAACAUUCUGGAGGUCUGGGGUAGAGAUUUCUUUAACUCUUCUUUUCUCCAUUCCUUCUGGAUAAGAGGCCAAUCUUGAGAGAGAGGCACCGUUUUUGACCCCAUGGUUGUCCAUGGAGAUUAAUACCAUCUAAGCAUAGAGGUGAGAAACUUCCAUGAAGAAUGGCUCACUGUAGCCUGCUGGCCUGCUAUAAUGAGAAGCAAAUCAUUCACAAAGUGGAGUGUUUGUUUUUAAAUGCAUGCCAUAAUUUCUAAGAUAAGAAAAAAAAAAUAGAUUUAUCCUGGAUGCAGCAUAACUGUUAAUCCAUGCUUCUUCCUCUCCUGCUCCAGUUCAUUUUGGUGUUUUAGCUGCUAGGUUGAUUUAUGAUAUGUAUGCGAUACGACCAUUGAAUAUUCUCCUGAUUUUUGAGAUUAGGUUGUGUCCAGUGCCCCCUUUUCUCACUCCUGGAAAUACUAAACAUUGUAAAUUAUACUGGAACUUAGCAACGCUGUGUUGAAAAGUAUGAUUAGUUUGAAAUCCCAUCUCUGCCUUGGAGAAAGAAUGCAAAGUUGGGAUUACGUUCUAGUUUGCUAAGAGUGGGACUCUGAAGACGUAAGUGUGCUAUAGAUCGGAAGUCACUUCUGGCCCAGAUUUUGCCAUUAGAAAUAUAUUCUUGUUAUGUCUUGUAUUUGAACGUCAGUGGGUCCUUUUAUGCCAGCCUCUUCCUGUCACUUUCUAAGGGCUCAUUAGACCAGAGCCACGCUUACCCAUAGGUUGGCAGUAAGAAGUGUCAUCGUAUUACUGCCGAAAAGGAAGAGGCAUGAUAUCUUUUUCUAGGAGAGUGAUUAAAAGAAAGCCGUCUGGAACCAAGCAUCUAUGUAUUCCACAAUGUCAGGAUAUUUAGCUUUUAUCAGGCACUCUUUAUUAUCUGCCUUUAAAGUGCCAACUCUUUUUUUUUUUUAAUCCAGGAACUCUUGCACUUUAUCCUAUCCCGAUAAUUUAAUAUUUCCAAUGAGCCACAUGUUUCAGCAUUUCCCAUCAUUUCAUACGAAGCACAAAUUCCAAUGUUUCCCAACAUUUCCACCGAGUCACAAGACGGCGCUUUAAACAUUUCUGGCUUUUUAGUGACUUUUAUUCUCCGGUGGAAGAGAAUUCAAACGUGGAAAUGUUACUGUCCCUGUACAGUAAUUCACAAGCCAGCAAGGGCUGCGUUUCUCAUGAAAUUAUUGCCGGCAAGAUACUCCUCUCCCAAGGAGGACCACCAUCUUCCUCUGCUUACUAGCCCAUGGUGCACCAACAUGGAUUUCCUUGCCACUGUCGGAGAGGAGAUGACAGGAGAUCAUUUUAAGCAGUCCUUUUAUGUCUGCCAUAAUGUCUAGGUUGGCUUUUAAAGGUUCAUCUCAUAAAUGACCAGGAUUGUAUUUGUGGAAGUUUCAGCUUUGAUGAGUAAAUGGGGGUGAAGAUGGAAUUAAAGCAGCCUUACGUUCUUCUGAGGUUUUGUAAAUAGAAUUCAGCAACUGGAGGAUCUUCAAGAAAACGCAUUUGGGAAUGGGAUCAGAUGCAUAAAACCCACACCGGUAAUUUUGCCAAUACUUUCAAAAAGUUGCCUUUAUCUCAAGAUGGAUAUAAAUGCCAUUUUGCCAGUUUAGUGUCUUAUUCAAACCACUCAGUCAUCAUUCUUGGAAACCUAGGACCACAUUACAAGGAGUUGACAGUCCAAAGAACCACUUUGCUGACGAUGUGCCGUUAGUAAGUCCAGACGAGUUCCCUUUCUCUCCGUGUUGGGUUACAAAUGGCUUUUGAAACUCAGUGUGUCAAAGGAAGUCUGAUGUCACACGAGGGACUCCUUUGUUCAAAGAAGGGGAGAAACCAUUACAAGUCUCUGCGACCUUUUUGAACUACUGGGUGUCUCUUUGGGCUCCAGCUGAUGUCACGGAAGCAGAAACAAUACAAAAAAUAAAAAAUUUGCCCUUGAGCAGGUUGCUGCCUGCCCUGCUUUCAAUUUUUCUCGGUUUGCUUCAGCAAGCCACGUAUUUCCAAACCAUUUAUCUUAGGGAGGAAGUCCUAUAGAUCAGGGGUCUCCAACCUUGGCAACUUUAAGACUUGUGGACUUCAAUUCCUGGCCUCAUGGACUCAUGGCCCCUUUUCACACUUUAAGUUGCAGAAUCCCCAAAUCAAAAUUCAGGCCCUUGGCCACCGCCAUGUAGUUGCGCUAUCCAUGGGUCAUGUGAUCCCACCAUUCGCAAUCUCCCCAGCCGGCUUCCUACAAGCAAAGUUAACGGGGAAAGCCAGAUUCCAUUCAUGACCCACUGAACAGCUGCAGUGGUUCGCUUAACGGUGGCAACAAAGACUCUGAAACCGGGCACAAUUCAUUUAACCACAGAAAUUUUAAGGUCUCGAUUCUGGCCGCUAAGUCGAGGACUGUCCUGUAAUUCUGUGUACAGAUAGUGUGUCUAGACACCAUAUCUCUUAGCAGCUGUACGGUGCUGAGAUUACUCAGCAAUGAGGGACUAGCCAUUUCAUUGACAACCAUCGGGCUUUCCAAGAACCUCAGGGCUAUCUGGAACCCAACAUGAGGAAUGCUUUUCUUUUUGGGGAUAAGGUUGACAGGUUAUUCCUUUCAGAUAACUGGGAUCGGGUGUUGGGAGAGAAGGUACUUUCCAAAUAUUCCGUACUCCAGCAGCCCCCGACUGUAUCUCGCUGCCUUCCUGCCAAUAUCUGGUGUGCUGGAUGUGUCGCUUUUGGCACCACAGCAGAGAUGUGCAACUUGGCAAGUUUGUAGACUUCAACUCCCAGAAUUCCUCACUCAGCAUGGAAUUCUGGGAGUUGAAGUUCACUUGUCUUAAAGUAGACAAGGUUGGAUAGCCCUGUACUACAGUAUCCUUUGGAAGUCCUCCAAGGUAGGAAUUAAGAAACUUUUAGUCCGACUUCACAGAUACUUCUUCUCGUCACUAUAACAUCCAAAUUUGUCAAAAAUAAUUGUUUCUAGAAGCUCCCUUACCACGUCUUCAUAGGUCAGCAACUUCCCUUCCCUGCUUUUUUCCUCCCCAAGUAUUCAUAUCUGUGAUUUUUGUCUUUGGUGCCUUUUGGGAUUUUUUUUAUUUUUUACACAAUGGAAUUUCUACUUUUUUAGAGGGUGAUUUGAUGCAUGACAGUUAACCUGUAAUGUUGAAAUUAGUGUAUGGAAUUAUUUAUUUUGUGUAUUCAGUCUGUUUUUAAAAUUUGGAACUGUAACCUUUUUAUUCAGUAAAAUGUUGAU